AUGGCAGAUGAAGACAAACCUGAACACGAAAUCGAUUUAAAAUACGAAAAAAACAAGCAAAUCGACUUGAAAGAAAAAUCCUACUCCACAAGGCAAGUUGAAACUUCUGUAGCUCUUCUCGCGAGUCCCGAAACCGAGGUAGUCUUAGAAGCUUUAUUGUUUAUAUCAAAAUAUGCCGAUUUCAACAGAAACAAUUUAUUAGCCCUCAUAAAGACAGACAUAAUAGAAAAAUUGUUUGAAAAUUUCCACAAAAAUAUUUGCAUUUUGCGCGUAUCGUUGAGGCUUUUAUCAGUAAUGCUCGAUACCGAAGAUGCUAUAUGCGAAAUGGACCAAGAAAAAUACGACCCCCAAAUAGUAGAAAUCUCUCAAAUGUAUAUAGACAGCAAAGAUCAACACGUGAAACAAUUUUGCGUGGAGAUUUUAGCUAAAAUCGCCAACUCUUGCAGAAUCACCACGUUGAUAUUCAAAACGGACCUUUUCAAUCCAAUUUUCGACAACAUGAAAGCAGCCAAAGAUACCAACAUACUUUACUACACAAUGUUGUUGUUUUAUGAGCUCAUCGAUGCUCCUGCAGCUGUGACCAUGCUUUCUGAAUGCCCUAAAUUUGAUUUAAGCAUUAUAAUGAGCGAUUUAAAUCAUAAAGAAGAGAGAAUUUCAAACAUGGCUUUGGAUAUUGUCGAAAAACUUAGUCGCUAUGGCUUGACAUUUUUGCAAGAGAGCUUCCGAAAGUUGAGCUUAGUUGAGAAAAUGUUUAAAAUUAUUAUGGACGAUGAAAAAACAAAUCAGCAUUCGAUUGCGAUUAGAGUUAUCCAUAACUGUUUGAAUUCUGAAGAAACUUGCAGCUAUUUUGUAGAAUCUUUGGAGUUUUUGGAACUAUGUCAAUGGGUGAAAAUUUGUCAUCCAAAAUUCCUACUUCCGAUUAUUGAAGUUUUCAUAAAACUUACAAGCAUUCCAGAAUUAAAACAAACACUUUUCGAUUUAUCUGUGGAAGAAUCAAUAUUGUACUUUUACAGAUUUAAAAACAAGUCAGUGAUCAAUAAAACUUGUGAAGCGGUAUCAAAUAUGACUACUCAUAAAUAUUGCUGUGAAGCUAUGCUAACUCCAGUUAUAGCUGGCACUUUGAUAGAAAUUUUAGAAAAUCAAACCGACGAAGAAGAUCCUUUUAAUGAAGUUGUAUUAAAAACCGUAUUCCAUUUUAUAAGAAGAUAUUAUAAAGCUAUGGAUAUAUUUCUAAGCAAAAAUUUCAAAAUAAUAUUAUUGGACUAUUUUUUUGGUAAAGUCCAUGUAAUAAAAGAAGAAAGCUUCUUGAUGAUUUUAGAAAUUUUAUAUCGGUGUAUGGCUCAUCCUGUGUAUCAACAAGAAUUUAUGAAUGAACAAAUUCUGAAUGAAGUUUUAAAAUGGUUUCAAAGUAAUUGUGUUAAAGCUGCUUCUUUGUGCUGUGAAAUUAUGACAAAUAUUUUAACAUUGGAUGACUUCAGGAAGUUUUUCUUCCAAAAAAGUGGCCCACAAAUUUUCCUAAAUAUUCUAAAAUCAGCAGAAGAUAUCAAUUUAAUCACACAAAUAUUGUACUUCAUAUUUGCAUGUUUUGUUUACGAAAAUCUGGCCAUGGCAUUUCUUCACAAUGGGCUGUUGGCAGCCUUGAAAAACUACAACGAACUGAUUUUUGAAAAAAUACCUAUUUGCAAGAGACUUUUCAUAAUGGCUUUGGAAUUCUAUCCGCCAAUAAAGUUUUACGAAACUGGCCGAAUGGAAAUAACCGAUAAAUUACCUAACAAGUUUUACUUAAUCAAUGGACAAUGGCAUGGGUCGUUUCCUUUUCUGGAAGUUUUGGAAAUGCUGUAUGUAUCUCCCUAUCCUACUAUUUAUUUAAUUGACUACUCUUAUGAAGUAGUUAAAACACCAAACUUGCAAGGUUUCAGUCAGAGCAGCUUGAAAAGUUCAAAGUCAUCUUCGAAAAGUCUUAGUACCCUAUCAGUUCCUUCAGCACCUUCAGUAUUCAACAUAAACUACGGACAAAUAACUCGAGACAUAUUUUUGCCACGUUAUAUUUACCAUUUGAAAAAAUUCGAGCAAGUUAUGGAAGGCCCGAUGGAAAAACGUAUUUGCUUUCUAGCCGAAUACGUGGACACCUUGUUGAGUGGUCCAACAGCAAAGCUUACAGCACCGCAAAAAAUCCACGAAUACAAGUUGCACAUUCAAUGUUUGAAAAAGAAACUUGGAAACAAUAUCAUACCGAUCGGUUUCCUGAGGCUGGGAUUUCAUUGCGAAAGAGCGUUGCUUUUCAAAGCUCUGGCCGAUAAAAUCUGCAUCCCUUGUUCAUUGGUGAAAGGGAGCUUGAGGAUUUACUGGAACGAAGUUGCGCUGUUCGAAAAUGUGGAUAAUGAAACGAGGAUUAGGUUUUAUGUUGUGGAUUUGAUGCACGACUUGGGGAAUUUGAUGCUGGUCGGGUCAAGGGAAGCUAAUAAAUACUGUAAUAUAAACUAGGUAGUAUUUUGUGUAUCACACAUUGAUAAAAUAUUAAUUUGAAAUGGAGCUUUUUUGUGUUACUUAUUUUAAAUGUUUUGUUAUUUAUUGAGGUGUUUAUAUCAAAGAUCUUUCAAC